UCAGCUUUUGAAGAAAGUCCUGCAGCUGAGCUGCUAGCAUUGGCGAAGCAAACAGCUGGACUCAAGCUAAACAGCUAUACCUACUGCUGCACAGCAAGCAGAGAGAGAGAGAGAGAGAGAGAGAGAGAGAGAGAGAGAGAGAGAGAGAGAGAGAGAGAGAGAGAGAAAGAGAAAGAGAGAGAGGGAGAGGAGAGAGACUCUGUCUGCAUCACCAUGAAUCCGAUCUUGCCGGCUGACAGGGACCCGAUCGAGGAGCUGAUGCUGCUGAUGGCUCAGAGCCUGAGCAGCCUGGAGAUCAGGGAACACUUCAACGUCAUCAAGGAGAUCGGGAGAGGGAAGUACGGGAAGGUGCUGCUGGUCAGCCAUCGCUGCAGAGGCACUCUAAUGGCCCUGAAGGUGAUGCCCAAGACCUCGACCAAGCUGCAGGGAUUCCUGCGUGAGUAUUGCAUCUCUCUGCACCUGUCCAGUCACCCCUGCAUCGUGGGGCUGUUCGGCAUCGCGUUCCAGUCUGAGGAACACUAUGGAUUCGCUCAGGAGCUGGUCCUCGGAAAGGACCUCUUUGCUGUCAUCGAGCCUCGAGUGGGCAUCCCAGAGACUGUGGUGAAGCGCUGUGCCCAGCAGAUCGCCAGCGCUCUGGAGUACAUCCACAGCAAGGGGCUGGUCCACCGGGACAUCAAACCCGAAAACAUCCUUCUGUUGGACCGGGCCUGCUGUCGGGUGAAGCUGGCCGACUUUGGGUUGGCUCAGAAGAGGGGCUCGCAGAUCCAGCUCGUCUCCGGUACCCUGCCUUACAUGUCGCCAGAGUUGUGUGCUAUGGGAGUCUCCCCAGACACCGACAGCAAGUCAAGAACGAUCCUCAUUGUGGAACCCAGCCUGGACACCUGGGCCUUCGCCGUGGUCCUUUUCUGUCUCCUAACCGGAUACUUCCCCUGGGAACGCUGCACCCCCAGCGACCUUUUCUACCAAGAGUUUGCAGAGUGGUGCCAAGGGGAGCCGGGCGAAUGGGAGGUGCCCUCCCAGUGGAAACGCUUCAGCGACAGCGCGCUUGCCAUGUUUAAGAAGCUGCUGGCAGUAAGAGCCCAGGAUCGCUACCCAGUCACUGAGGUGCUGGCUUACCUAGAUGAGGAGUGGGCGAAGCUUCCUGUGGCAGAGAACCAGAAUGAAGAUGAGACGACGACUGUGGGCUGCCAUGGAAAGGGAUUCAGUGUGUGCAGGACAGCUUCUCACUAUGGAAGUCCAACGCAAAAGGAUAUGCAGUAAGGAAGAGUCUUUGAAAACCCUAGCUAGGUGAUUUUAAUCAGUGAAUGGACUGCUUCAUUGGGACCUUUUUUUUUAAAACCAAGGCAAAAAGCAAGUAAAAAAAUGUAUAAAGCCAACAACUAAGCCGGUAAUUGGUUCUGAGCAGCGGAAAUGAUUAUUUACUCCUCUUGAAAAUGAGCAUUUGCUUCAAAAAAAGGGCCUCUUGUACAUAGGUCUAACUGAAAAUGUAUUUUGUACAUUUUUCUUGUUUCAUUUGUCGGUUGUUUUUCGUUGAAUUAAAAAUCAAUAAAAUGAUAUUAUUAUUCUUUGCA